AUCCUGUUCUUUUUAUAGCUGAGCAGUUAAAAUGUGAGGGGUCAUAAUGGGAGGAUAAAUACAAGGGCCAGCAGACUGCAGGGGUGUCGCAGACGAAGGCCGGAUCUUCUCCCUCCCUCUCUCUUGUCUCAGUUCUCGUCCUAACCUCAAAGAGUCAGGAUGCCUCACGCAUACCCCUUCCUCACUCCUGAGCAGAAGAAGGAGCUCAGUGAUAUUGCUCAUAGGAUCGUCGCUCCCGGCAAGGGAAUCCUUGCUGCAGAUGAGUCCACUGGCAGCGUGGCCAAGCGCUUCCAGAGCAUCAAUGCUGAGAACACUGAGGAGAACAGGAGGCUGUAUCGCCAGCUCCUCUUCACUGCUGACGACCGCAUCGUCCCUUGCAUUGGUGGCGUCAUCCUCUUCCAUGAGACCAUGUACCAGAAGGCCGACAAUGGCAAGACCUUCCCCCAGUACCUCAAAGAAAGAGGCAUGGUGGUGGGCAUCAAGGUUGACAAAGGUGUUGUCCCCCUGGCCGGAACCAAUGGCGAGACAACCACCCAGGGUCUCGAUGGACUGUAUGAGCGCUGUGCCCAGUACAAGAAGGAUGGUGCUGACUUCGCCAAGUGGCGCUGUGUGCUGAAGAUCACCCCCACCACUCCCUCAAAACUGGCCAUAAUGGAGAAUGCCAAUGUCCUGGCCCGCUAUGCCAGCAUCUGUCAGAUGCAUGGCAUUGUCCCCAUCGUCGAGCCUGAGAUCCUCCCUGAUGGUGACCAUGACCUGAAGCGCUGCCAGUAUAUUACUGAGAAGGUUCUGGCUGCAGUCUACAAGGCCCUGUCCGACCACCACGUCUACCUGGAGGGCACCCUGCUAAAGCCCAACAUGGUUACCGCCGGACACUCCUGCUCACACAAGUAUAGCAACCAGGAGAUCGCAAUGGCAACUGUUACCGCCCUGCGCCGCACUGUGCCCCCUGCAGUCCCUGGCAUUACUUUCCUGUCUGGUGGCCAGAGUGAGGAGGAGGCCUCCGUCAACCUGAAUGCCAUGAACCAGUGCCCCCUGCACAGGCCCUGGGCCCUGACCUUCUCAUAUGGCCGUGCCCUUCAGGCCUCUGCCCUCAAAGCCUGGGGUGGCAAGAAAGAGAAUGGAAAGGCAUGCCAGGAUGAGUUCAUCAAGAGAGCUCUGGCUAACAGCCAGGCCUGCGUUGGCAAAUACGUUUCCUCUGGAGCCAGUGCUGCCGGUGGAGAGUCACUGUUUGUGGCUAACCACGCUUAUUAAGCAUGGACACUCACCAAAUCAGUCUCCAUCUUCUUCCCACCUCACCAUGGAAAAGGCCAUUUCCUCUUAACCACCACCUAACAGCACUUUUACAGCAUUCUGGUAGAAGGCGAAAGAGAAAGAUGGAAAAAAAAAAACAACAACUUUCCUUUAAGCUGUUGCUGCAGAUGGGAGAUCUUGAAAAAAAAAUAAAAAUAAAAAAAACGUUCUGCCUCCAUUCCCUCACCUUUUAUUUUUAAACACCUUUACUCAGGUGAAGAUUCCCACACUGUUUUACACAAAUUGUACAAUUUUUUUUUCCUUGGUCUUAUUCCACCACGCGCAGUAUUUGAUUUAUACUGGUAACAUGGAAUAAAGUAUUUACCCUAA